GUUACUCAGAAGCUUGUUGACAAACUGCUCGUGAAAAUGACUCAAAGAGCUUUGCUGACAAACUGUUUGUGAAAAUGACUCAAAGAGUUGAUAAAUCAGAAACAAUGAAGCAUGAAGAUUAUUAGCAGAAGCAAUUGAGGCAAAUGGAACUCCAGUGCUUUGAGUACUAUCGAAUGUUAAAGUGAUGUUGCCAGAAAGAUUAUUCACUUGGGAGAAUUUUAAAAGACUGGUUGCCAAGCAACCGAGCAUGGGUUCUCUUCUGUACUAGAUUCUAAUCGGAUCAUUGUUAGUCUGUUAAUGUGUUGCAGUUUGCAGCAUGUUGUUUGGUUCCUAGGUUUUAGAGGUAGUCCUCUGUUAUUGAUUCAUUGGGGGUAAUGGAGUUUAAUUCAGUAAAAUUUAUUUAUUUAGAAAAAAAAAUUGAUCCAAAUCGUUGUCCGCUUUUUGUGGAGAAAAAGUAUCUACAACGGUGUCAACUAAAAAUGUCGGAUAAAUCGGACCGGUAAAGACAUUAUGUAAAAUUUGUUAAAUCAAUAUCACAUUUUCUUCGAUGGUAGUGGAUAUAUUUUAAAACGACAUGUUAUUAUUAUUUCAAAUUAUUAUAAAUAGAAUAUAUUAUUUUAAUAUGAUAAUAGAUGAUGUGGAAUGUGCUACAUGUCUAUAGAGGUUGGCCGAGGAGAUGGUUGGAGUGAAUAAAAGUUAAUAUAUUAUUUAUAAUUUUUAAUUAUGAUAUGAUUUAUUGAAUUUUAGCUACGGGUUUUGGAGGGAGCCUGAGAUAGCUGCAAAGAUGCUGUUUCAAUAAUUUUUUUGCCGUGCGAUCGAUUAAAGAAAAUAAAAAAAAAAGUAAAAAUACAUGCAUUUCACAAAAUAGAUCACUAAAAGAUGGCAGAGAAAGUUGCUCUUCCUCAGAUUCAAAAUCUUUGUCCUUUAUAUAUGCUAUUACUUAGCUGGAAAUGUUAUGAAAUUGGCAGUCAUGCUGAUCCUUUUAUUGGUUAAGUACAGUGGGAAGAUCCUAUCAAAAGAACAGUUAAUUUCAUCGUCUAAACAUCUAUAUUCUGGGCCAACAGCUGGAUAAGUUUAUUUAAAACAUACAUUCCAAAGUGCAUUUAGCAAGUUACAUUCCAAUGCACAUAAGUUUCUAAUGUAUAUAUACAUCAUCAAUUAGCAUUAGGCAACAAGAACAACGAAGCAAAAUGAAUAUGAGAGGACUGAUAUUAUUCACAAGGCAGCUGCAUGUCAUCUCAAGAUCAGGAACCAGCAUCAUCAAACCAGCUUCUCCAACUCCUGAAAACUUUAAAGUCUACCAUCUUCCUUUACAUGAUUGUAUGAUGCCAAAUAUCUAUAUUCCGGCAAUAUUUUUUUAUGCAGACAUUAGUAAGGCCGCAGAUCAUAAAUCAACAGUUUCAAAUCUACUCAAGAACUCUUUAUCCGAGACACUGACAAAGUAUUACCCGUAUGCUGGAAGGCUAAGGCCUUCCGGAUCUUCUGUUGACUGUAAUGAUGAGGGAGUUCAUUUUGUUGAGGCACGGAUUGGAUGCAAGCUAGCUCAUGUUCUGGAAAAAGAUCCUGCCAAGGAAGACGAACAAGGUCUAGGCCAUCUCUUUCCACCUCUCGCGAUUUGGGAUAAGUUAUCCAAUGAAAAGUGUUCCAGUCUAGUGCUCGUGCAACUGAAUCAUUUUAUCUGUGGAGGGAUAGCUAUUGCAGUUGGCUUUUCACACCGAAUUGGCGAUGCUCUAACUCUAUUAUCAUUUGUGGCUUAUUGGGCAGGUUUGUCACGCCACUCCUUUGAUCACCAGAAACUACUACAUGUUUGCCCCUAUAUCGUGUCUGAUCAUGAGCAGUCACAUGAUAACGAUUCCAAUACAUUUAACGUUUCGUUCCCUGAAAAGCACUGGAUCACCAAGAAUGUAGUCUUUCACAACUCAAACAUAGCAAGACUGAAGGCAGAUGUUGAAAUCAGACACAAAUUGCAGGGCAAAGACGAACCAAACUACACAAGAAAUGAGCUGGUGACCGCACUCCUCUACAGGUGCGUGGUAGCUGCAGCAGCUACAUCAAAUGGCGGGGCGUACAUCAAGUCUGUUCUGUGCCAGACAGUAAACAUAAGGCCUCUGCUCGAUCCGCCACUGCCACAGACAAGUGUUGGAAGUUUCAUUAAUUAUAAUAACAUUGCAACAGGCACGGAGAAUGAAACAGAGUUACAUAAUUUAGUGGAACGAAUAAGAGAAGGAAAGUUGCAGCUUAGACGAAACAAAGGCAUGGAUGAAAUUAUAGCGGCAAGACCAUUUGAGGAGUUUGAAAAAAUGAAUAGAAUAUAUCUGGUGAGCAGCAUCUGUAGUUUUCCAUUGUACGAAAUAGAUUUCGGAUGGGGAAGGCCAGUUAAAGCGACAAUUGUGGACAUGCCGGUGGUUAAUAGCAUUAUUUUGAUGGAUACUCCGAGUGGGGAUGGUAUUGAAGCUAUUGUAGGUUUGGAAGAGAAAGAGAUGGAAAAUUUUCAAGCUCACAGAGACCUGCUUUCCUACAUUUCUUUCUAAAAAUUUCUUCUUCCUCUUCUGCUUAUCAACUGAAAUUGAUAGUGUGUGUUAUUUGUUUGAGUAAUGUUUUAUGUUGAUAAAUGUUUAAUGUUGAUAUUAAGCGCUAAAAUUUAUUGAUUGGCUCUUCUUUUUUAAUAAUGAUGGACCCCUUGCAU